AUGUCGGCUAAGCGUACAGCUACUUCUGAACUAAAUCAUGAAAAUUGGGAUCAGGAAUUUAAUAAUGAACCAGAAGAUGGAGAAGGUUUUAAAAUGGCUGCUAAAGAUGUGCUUGAGAAACGAGUUAUAAGAACAGCAAAACGGCGAUCAAAUCUGUCUAAUAAUGAGGCUCCAAAAAGUGUGUUUAGCGGUUUCGGUGGUUUUAAUAAGACACAAAAAUCAUCUUUUGAUUUUUUAGCAAAUUUAACAAAUGGAAAUAAAUCUACCACAUCUACUGCCAGCACUCUAGAAAGUUCGUCAAUCUUCUCUCCAAAACCCUUUGCAACUUCAAGUCCUGGCCUCUUCAAAUCAGAGAUUUCCAAGACCUCAGUGUUUGAAAGUCCCAAUAUAACAGUUGGUUCUACUCAAUCAUCAUCUGUAGUUAUUGAUACUAAAACUAAUUCAAAGCCUAGUGAAAGUCCAUUUACGGUUAAGGCACCUUCAACGCCAGUAAGUAAUUUUACCUUUGGAAUAAGACCCAAUGCGGAAGCUAGUACUAGUCCAUUACAAAAGUCCAAUAAUAUAUUUGGAAACCAGACUCAAAACGUAUUUGCCAACAAUACUUUUAAAUCACCUACUGCUAAUCCAUCACCUUCAAGUCAAAAUAUCAAAUUAGUGGAAUCAGAAAAUACUUCAAAUAAGAAAGAAUCUGACGGUGAUAAGGAACAUAUUGAUGAAAAGAAAUUAACAUAUUACAAUAAUAUAAAAGGACUUAAUAUAAGUGUAUCAGAAUGGGUUAAAAAACAUGUAGAUGAAACACCAGUUUGUAUUCUGACACCUAUUUUUAAAGAUUAUGAAAGACAUUUGAAACAAAUUCAGGAUGAGUAUUAUGGGACUGAAGAUAUAAAGCCUAAUGAUGAAAAGGGUGACUUUAAAAAGGGUGUUAAUAAUACUUCAAAAACAACAGAAGCAAGUUUAAAUAUAUUUUCUCAGUCACCAGGAACUAAUUCGCAAGAGAAAACAACUAACAUCACUUUUGGAACAUCUGCAUCUAACAAUACAUCUGCACCAUCAGCAACACCAAAUUCAUUGCUAAAUAAGUCCUCAGAAGAGACAAAAGUUAGUAGUUUUUCAUUUGCCUCAUCUUCUAAUACUACUACCCCAGUUAAAUCAACAGGCUUUACCUUUGGCACCAUUCCAAAGGCACAAAGUCCAAACAUGUCCAAUAACAGCAUAUCUAAAGAUAGUUCAAGUGUUUCACCUGGCAUUGCCCAACCGCCUAGUGUGCCACCUGUGACAGGUACUGGAUUUUCCUUUGGCAUCACUUCCUCACCACAAACAUCCAACUUGUUCAACACUAAGCCUGGUCUUUCAGGUACUAAUGGCAAUGCACCCUUUUCAUUUGGUACGGGUAAGCCAUUUAGUUUUAAGUCAAGCAUACAAGAAAAGGCAGAAAGCAGUGAAAAAUCUGCACAAGGGGAUGAAGAUGAAGAGCCACCUAAAGUUGAAUACAAGCCCCUUGUUGAAGAAAAUUGUGUGUUUGAAAAAAAAUGCAAAGUGUUUGUUAAAAAAGAUGGCAACUUUGUAGACAAAGGUGUUGGCACUUUAUAUAUAAAAAAAAUAGAAGAGAGUGGGAAGCACCAAUUGUUAGUGCGAGCAAAUACAACUUUAGGAAAUGUAUUACUCAAUCUAAUACUAAGUUCAUCAAUACCGAUUCAGCCUAUGGGCAAAAACAAUGUUAUGUUAGUUUGCAUACCGUCACCUGACGCAAAACCGCCGCCAACUCCGAUUUUAAUCAGAGUCAAAACCUCUGAAGAAGCACAUGAGCUAUUGGAGACAUUGAAUAAAUAUAAAACGUAA